CUGCACAAGCUACCAGCCGAGCCUGGGCGGCUUCUGCUGGAACCGCCAGCCAGACUUCUCCGCCUACAGGGAGCCCACCUUUGGCGCAGCUUCCCUGAAGCUUCUCAACGCCACCCACGCCGACUGGAAGUUCUACCGCACCAGCGAGAAGACAAAGCAAGGAUAUGAGGUGGCGGACGGGGUUAUAAUCAACAGGCUCGACCAGAAGGGCUGCCCCAACCAUGCGUUCCUGUGA